AUGGUAAAAAUUUCCAUGGUAGGAAGCGGACAGAUUGGAGCCAUUGUGGGGCAACUGAUCUUAAUGGAAAAUAUUGGAGAUAUUGUUCUGUACGAUGUCAUGCAAGGAGUACCCCAAGGGAAGAGUCUGGACCUGAAACAUUUUAGUACCAUUGUAGGAGUGAACAAAAAAAUCCUGGGUACGAAUAACGUAGAGGAUAUUAAAGACUCUGAUGUAAUUGUUAUAACGGCAGGUGUGCAAAGAAAAGAAGGGAUGACAAGAGAAGAUUUAAUUGGUAUAAAUGGAAAAAUUAUGAAGAGUGUCGCUGAGUCAGUAAAAUUAUACAGCCCAAAUGCUUUCGUCAUAUGUGUUAGUAAUCCCCUUGAUAUUAUGGUAAAUGUUUUUCACAAGUAUAGUGGUCUUCCACAUGAAAAGAUUUGUGGCAUGGCUGGCAUUUUGGACACCUCUCGUUUUAGAUCCCUUCUGGGUGAAAAGCUAAACGUGGCUCCAGAGAAUGUAAAUCUGGUGUUGUUAGGAGGACAUGGAGAUCUGAUGGUCCCUUUAGAAAGGUACUGUUCAGUUUCAGGUAUCCCUUUAUCAGAAUUUGUAAAAAAAAAACUCAUAUCGAAUCAAGACAUUAAUGAUAUUAUUAAAGAGACUAGAGAUAUGGGUGCACAAAUUAUUAAGCUUUCUAAAUCGUCUGCUACCUUUUCCCCUGCUGCUGCUAUUGUGAAGAUGAUUAAGUCCUAUUUGUACAAUGAGAGUCAAUUGUAUACUUGUGCUGUUUAUUUGAAUGGUCUUUAUAAUUGUUCGAACUUGUAUGUUGGGUCCACGGCCAUAAUCAAUAGCAGUGGUGCCAAGCCAGUCGAGUUCGUUCUCACGAAGGAAGAGCAGGAGCUCUACGACAAGUCUAUUGCCUUUGUGCACGAACAUACGCAGAAGGCCUUUGCGCUGAUUAACUAA